AUGAGUCAAAGAGUGAGGCAAAAUUGUUCACAUGGUGAGGAAAAUUAUCAGAGAAACAUUAGUUCAGAGACCCUUUGUAGUGGAUGUUUGAACUCAGAUACAAUUUGUGGAGUUGAUUGGACAACCUUGCCCGAUGACACGGUUACUCAACUCUUUUCUUAUUUAAAUUAUCGAGAUCGAGCUAGCUUGGCAUCAACUUGUCGAACAUUUAGGCUCUUAGGUUCUUUUCCCUGUUUAUGGGGGUCAUUGGACCUCCGUUCUUACAAAUUCGACACUGCAGCUGCAGUCUCACUCUCCUCUCGAUGCAAGAAUCUCCGGAGGCUUAAACUUCGUGCAGCCGACUCGGCAGAUGCAAUAAUUACUCUUCAAGCAAGGGAACUUCAAGAAAUAAGUUGUGAUCUUUGUCGUGACAUUACUGAUGUUGCACUUUCUGUGAUAGCAGCAAGACAUGAGAUGCUUGAGAGCAUCCAACUUGGCCCAGAUCAUUGUGAGCAGAUCAGCAGCGAGGCAAUCAAAGUACUUGCAUAUUGCUGCCCAAGAUUGAAGAGGCUUUGGAUGUCAGGUGUUAGGGAAGCUAAUGGAGAUGCCAUAAAUGCUUUGGCUAAGCAUUGUAGGCAGUUAAUGGAUAUCGGGUUUCUGGAAUCCAACAACAUUGAUGAAGUGGCUCUUGGAAACUUGAGCUCCCUUAAAUUUCUCUCUGUUGCUGGGACUAGAAACCUAAAAUGGGGAUCUGCAGCACAAGUUUGGAGUAAAUUACCUAACUUGGUAGGUUUAGAUGUUUCAAGAACUGAUGUAAAUCCUAGUGUUGCAACAAGUUUAUUUUCAUCGUCCCAAAAUUUGAAAGUAUUGACCGCCUUGAACUGUCCAAGUUUUGAAGAUGAAGUUGACAGAAACAAAAUGCAUAAUCACACAGGCAGAAUAUUGCUUACUUUGUUUAGUGACAUUCUCAAGGGAGUAGCAUCAUUGUUUGCUGACAAUUUAGAAAAUGUUAUUGAUGUGUUUCGGCAUUGGAAGAAAAUAAAGAAUGAAGAUAAAAACUUGGAUGAGAUUGUUGUUUGGAUUGAACGGACCAUUUCACAUUCACUUUUCUGUAUUGCAAAAAACAAUCUGAAAAAGUUCGAUGAUUUUUGGCUCAAUCAAGGGGCAGCUGUAUUGCUCAGUUUACUGCAGAGUUCACAGGAGGAAGUUCAAGAAAGAGCAGCUACUGCUGUUGCAAUCUUUCUAGUCAUUCAUAAUAAAAAUGCUACUAUUGACUGCCAGAGAGCUGAGGCAAUUUUACGAGGAGAUGGUGUACGAAUGCUUUUGAACCUUGCAAGAUCUUGCCAGGAAAGCCUUCAGUCUAAAGUGGUUAAAGCUAUAGCAAACUUGUCCGUAGACUCAAAAGUUGCAAAAGUUGUUGCUGAUAGUGGAGGAAUCAAUGUUCUUACUGGUUUAGCUAGAUCAAAGAACAGAUUAGUGGCGGAAGAGGCUGCUCGAGCGCUGUGGGAUCUUUCUGUAGUGGUUGAGCUUAAGGGUGCUAUUGCAGAGGCAGGUGGUGUAACGGCUUUAGUUGACCUUAUACUCAAAUGGCCUUCCGGCCAUGAUUUACUUAUUCAACGUGCAACUGGAGCACUGGCAAAUUUGGCAACUGAUGAGAAAUGCAGCAGGGAGGUGGCUUUGGCUGGUGGUAUCCAUGCUUUGGUGAUGCUUGCUCGGGCUUGCAAAUUUGAAGGCGUGCAAGAGCAGGCUGCUCGUGCGUUGAGUAAUUUGGCUGCCUAUGGGGAUUGUGACAGCAAUUCUGCUGCCAUUGGGCAAGAGGAAGGCGCAUUGGAAUCAUUAGUACAACUUACUUAUUCUCAAAAUGAAGGUGUAAGGCAGCAAGUGGCUACGGCUUUGUGGAAUUUGUCAUUUGAUGAAAAAAAUCGAGAAGUGAUUUCAGCUGUUGGUGGUAUUGAGGCACUGGUUGCCCUGGCUCGAUCUAGCAUAAGUGCUUCCAAAAGUCUUCAAGAAAGAGCUGCAGGUGCUCUUUGGGCAUUGUUACUGUCAGAAACUAACAGAAUUGCUAUUGGAAGACAAGGUGGUAUAGCUCCACUAAUUGUAUUGGCACGCUCAGAUGUCGAAGAUAUCCAUUUGCUCGCUGCUGGAGCACUCUGGAAUUUGGCAUUUUACCGUGAUAAUGCUCUUCGUAUAAUACAAGAUGAUGGAGUUCAACCCCUUGUUCAUCUAUGCUCUUCAUCGAACUCAAAAAUGGCACGUUUUAUGGCUGCAUUGGCCUUGGUUUACAUGUUUGAUGGGAUAGUAGAUGCAGCUGUACCAGUGGGGUCUUCACCUUCAUCACUGGGCAGUUUGAAGAUGAAGAACAUAGAUGAGGUUGGAAGGCUGGCCUUGAAACAUGUUGAAGAAUUCGUGAUAUCAUCUUUUAAUCCAAAAGCCUUUAAUGCUGCUGUUGCUGCAACAUUAGUCCCCACAGCUUUGGCACAGAUAGCAGAAGCCAUAAGAAUACCAGAUGCAGAGCAUGUAAGAUGCAGUGGAGCUGAGAUUGACAGAUUUGUCAGAAUGUUAGGAGACUCUUGUUCCAUACUACAGUCUUGUUCUGCAUUUGCUCUUUUGCAGUUUACCCUGCCCGGAGGACGGUACACGAUGCACCAUUCAAGUCUCCUUGAAAAGGCAGGGGUAGGAAGGGUCUUACGCGAUAUGGCUGAGGCAUCAAAAGGCGCUAUUCAAGUCAUAAUUUUCACAAAAAUUGUGCUUCAAAACCUUGAAAACACUAUGAGAUCUCAAGUCUCAGCUCUCAAGUAAGUUGCGAGGAAUGACAGUUUGGGGGUCUAAAUAAAAUUUUAAUUUUUUGGAGGUCAAGUUUAAAUUUUAUUCAAUGAGAAUUUUCAAAAAAAAAUUGAGGUCUAAUUGAUGUAUUCAAAAAUCCCCCUGCCCUCAUUACGGUCUGCCCAUGUAUGUAUUGUAAACUAUAUAGUUCCUUCUAGACCGUGCAAUCUUGUUUCAGAGUUGAACCAGGAGGCUACAUGCCAGCCAGUCUUUGGUGCUUGUAAUUGUAUAAGUCACCCUAGGGAUGAUAUUUCUCCUUUCAAU